AACCAUAUAAAAGCAGCUGACCUAUUUUGAUCAGAUCAGUACCUGCAGUUAUUCACACGUCAGCGGGGUCAUUUUUCUGUUUAAAAAUAAGAUAUUUUAGCUCCCAUAUUCCUACGAGCCAAAUAUUAUUUGUAAAAACUUUGGUCAAAAAGGCCAUUGAAGCUGAAAAACACGCACGGCAGAGAAAAUCUGGAUCAAGACCCACCGACUUGUUUAUUGUGAAAUUUCCCAGUGUCCUUGAACGCUGCGUGUCAAGCGGAAGAGCGAUUUCCCUUCAAAGUGGUAAAACUUUAUUGAUACAUAACAGUGUCGUACCGGAUGUAAAUCUGCUCGUGUCUUCUCUAAGAAUGACCACAUGACUCGCAGGCAGUCGCUGUAAACCAAACUUAAGUUAUCCCCCGUGGAAGCGACAGAAGAACAGAUGAGUGCGAGGCAGCCUGAGGCGUAAUCCUUGUCCUCUCUCCGUUCUGUGGGUCAAAGUCAGCUGGUUAUCUCCGACCAAACUUCAGCCGGCAGGUUACCAGAAAAGCAGAAGCAUGUCCGGCGUUCAGAUCCGGAAGUACCAGGAGGAGGACGCGGAGAGCGUGAAGGAGGUGUUCACGUUGGGCAUGAGCGAGCACAUCCCCUCCUCCUUUGUGCACGUUCUCAAACAGCCUCUGACCCAGAUGGUGCUGAUGUGCACCUUCUGCGCGCUGAUAACCAGCUCCAACUCCUACCUGUUGCCCUUCCUGGCUGUCGCCCUCCUGCUGGCGGUGGCCCGGCUGGGUAUCGUCUACAUGUUCAACAGGUACAUCGAGGCCACGCUCAGCAGCGACCUUCGGGACGUGACUACCAGCUACCUGAGGAGCCCGGACUCCUGCUUCUGGGUGGCUGAAAGCGAGGGCCGGGUGGUGGGCACGGUGGCCUGUCUGCCUGCAGAGAACGCGCCCGGCUGCUUGGAGCUGAAGCGCAUGUCGGUGCGCCGCAGUCAUCGCGGACGGGGCAUCGCUAAGGCUCUGUGUAGGACGGUGGAAGACUUCACCCGGGACAGGGGUUACGCCGCCGUGGUCCUCCACACCUCCAUGGUGCAGACAGAAGCCCAGAAACUGUACGAGCACAUGGGCUUCAAAAGGAUCAGGGAGUUUGUUCUGCCUGAAGCUGCUGCCAAAAUCCUGAACUUCAUGCUGUACGAGUACAGACUGGAUGUGUGUGAGGAGGGGGGGCAGAGAUGGCCAAAUGAUGAAUGAAGAGAACAAUUUUACUUCAGGACUGCUUCAGAUGUGACUUUCCUCUCUUGAAUUUCAGCCUUCACCCCAGCAGGAGCAUCAAGGUCACCAUGACUUUAACUUCAUGUUACACGGGAACUAGACUGCAGGAAACUUCUCCCUAUCAGUUUUCCUGGAAGAAUGAGUUUUCAUUUUUAAAAGUGUUUUUCUGAGAACCCAAAAACAAAAAACACGUCUUCCUGUAGGAAAUAAAGUUUUUGUAUGAAACUAGUUUUUCUUGUGAAAUCCAUCUUCAGAAAACAGUUUUCCUUUAGGAAACACUUCCUGUUGAUCCUUAAUUAAUAUCUAUUUUACAAUUUUAUCUAUUUGAAAUGUGUAUUGAUAUUCUGACAAAGGUUUUUCAAGUCAUACUCUUUCAAAAAAUUGUAAUAUAUUGUUUUUGGUACAGUCUGGGGAUUGUGACAUGUGUAUUGUGAUAGACGUUGUAUCACCAGCUUCUUGCCAAAACACAGCCGUAGGAAAUAGUCUCCACAUAGAAAAUGUCUUUCUGACAAUUAAAUAUUCAGACUCAAAAUGUAAAAAAACAAGAACAUCCCUGUCAGAUAAAAUUAGUUCCCCAACUUUAUUAAGAAAGACCUGUACACCAUGAUUCAAUUCCAUUUUAUUUAUAUAGCCCAAUAUUACAACAAUAGUUGUCUCAAUGGACUUCAAACUGGUAGUUUGUGUAAUAAACAUGAAUGUCAUAGAAUUCAAUAGAUAAUGACUAAACUAAACAGAUCAUCCCUUGAAGUGUGUGUGGUACAAGGGUCAGGUCGGGUCGUAGAUGGGUUGAGAUGCAGCCCACUAACAACUAAUUGUUAUUGUUAAGUUUAAUUUAAACAUGUUAACAGUAAGUUAAAUAUUCUCUAAUAAAUAACUAGUCUGACAAUAACCCUGUC